AUGUAGCCACAACAAUUUAUAGACUUAGUGCAAUGUGCAUUCUUUGAUAGCAAUAAUUCACGUGGAUAGGCUGAAUAAGUACUCUUAAAGUAUAAGGAUGAAUAUACAGAUGAAUUUCUUGUGUAUUGUGCAUCUGCAUUUGCAAAUCGUUCAAUUCAGAAUCGUGUUCGUAUUGCAUGCAGUACUUUAGUAAAACGAUUAGUUGGUUUAAUUGUAAUGAUUUAUAGUUAAUAUAUUUAAGCAUCCUUCAAAUUAAAUCAUGUGGUUAGCUUGUUCUUAAAAUACUAAAAAUGAAGUAAAAAUUAAGUUCAUGGAUUAAUUAAUUGAUCCUGAACAUGAGAUUAGAAGAUCAGCUGCUAAUGUAAAUAUAUCAAUUCUAUACUCUAGACUAUAAGUGAGAUAUGUGCUAUUGAAUUACCACGCUAAGAAUGGCCAGAUCUUAUAUCAAGAUUAACUACAAACUCAAAACAUAGUAAUGUCUUAGUAAAAGUAUCAGCUAUCAUGACUUUAGGAUAUAUAUGUGAAUCAUUGGUAUAUAUAUAUAUUAUAUAUAAUAGAAAAAUCAUUAAUCUUCAGGUAUUUCAGAAUAAGAUGCUAAAGUGAUUUUGAUGGGAAUUUGUGUUGGAAUGGAUACAAAUGAAUAAAAUGUAGAGAUUAGAAUCACUGCAAUAAAAGCAUUAUAAGAUUCACUUUACUUUAUGAAUAAUCUAUUCACAUAAUAAGUAAGUUUUUUUAUAAUAUUCUAUUGUAGGAAAUAUUUACUUUUGUUAAAAAUUUAAUUUUAUAAAAUGCUAUGUCAAACAUAUAAGAGAUUAAACUUAAAUCUUUAUAAUGUUUAAUUGAUUAUGUUAAAUAAUUAUUUGCAUUUUUACCUGUAUUCAUUUCAGAUUUAUAUUAAACUACAUAAGUUGUUUUUGAGAAUUAAGGAGAAAUAACUAUAGCAGCAAUUGAAAUUUGGAAUACAAUAUGUGCAGAAAUAAAAGAAACUAUAAUUGAAAAUACAAAUUAAUAAACACCAGAAACUAAUUCAGUUGAUUGUUGUAUUUAAUUUUUUAAGAAAAAUUAUGAAGGAUUUAUUAUUCCAUUUAUGCGUAAUCUAUUAUUGGAUGAUGCAGAUGCAGAUGACGAAUAUCAAGGAUUAUCUGUACCCAAUUCUUCAAGUAAAGGUUUAGCCUAUAUAAUUGAAUUUGCUGGUAAUAAUACAUAUGAUGCUGUUAAAAAUUUUAUUUAAAAUACUAUAACUCAUUAAUAAUGGGAAUAUAGAAAAGCAAGUGUUAUGGCAUUUGGAGCUUUAGCUGAAGUAUAAACUGAAGAGAUUGGUCUUUUAAUUAAAUCAGCAUUAAGUAGUAUAUUUACUUGUCUUAUUGAUUAAAAUUUUAAAGUAAAAAAAGCAACUACACUUACUUUAAGUAGAAUAGCUGAAAAUUAUCCAUAAUGCUUUCAUGAACAUGAUUAAUCUAAAUAAAUGCUUAUUACUCUUUUAGAUUAAUUAUCUAAUAAAAUUUCUAUUGUACAAAAUUUAGUUUGGGUCUUUGUUUACUUAACUGAAGGAUUAACUAAUUUUUAAAAUAGUGUCUUUACAUAAGAGAAAUUCACUAUAUUAUAACAUUUAGCUAGUACAUCAGUUAGAUCUGAUAUCAAAAAUUCUGAAAUUUCACUCAUUGAUACUGCAUUUAUGGCUAUAUUAAAUAUCAUUUAUAGUGUUACUGAAACUAAAUUAUGUAAUGAUUACUUAUUACAAUUUUAUUAAUAAAUUUAAUUACUAGAAAGUAGUAAUUAAGUACCAAUUGAAAUUAAAUAUCAUCUUGAAAUGGGAUUAAUGAGUGCAAUGCAUGGAUGUGUUGUAAGAUUAGAUGAUUCUACUACUCCUGAUUAAUAAUUUGAAGAUAUAAUGAAAACUCUAUCUAAAGUUGAUUCUAGAGUUAAGAAUGAUUACUUUUAUGUUUUAUCUGGAAUUGCUUAUGCAUUUAAAAAGAAAUUAACUAAAUAUUCUACUUAAAUCAUUACUGAAUUAAAUAAACCACUUUCAGAACCAGAAGAUAUGGAUAGUUUUAAAACUGCACUCUUCUGUUUAUCUGAUAUAGCUAGAGCAAUGGAAGAAGAAUUUGUACCCUAUAUGAAUAUUUUAAAUUAUUUCUUUGGAUUAAUAAAGGUAUCUAAAUAAUAUGAUUAUAAUUAGAAUGUUAGUUUUAAUAGAGAAUUGAAAAUAUAAGUUUAUAAUGCAAUUGCAGAUAUCAUAUUAGGUUUAAAAGAUAAAUCAAUUCCAUUUAUUAAUGAUCUAAAAGAGAUACUUAAAUUAGGAUUUGCAGCUAGUAUAGAUUUAACAAAAAGCAAAUUAAGUGUUGAUUAAGAUUAUGCUGAAAGAUUGAAAGAAACAAUGACUGCAUUUUAUACAUGUAUAUUACAUGCAUAUUGUGAUCCAAAAACUCCUAUUUUUGAAUUAGGUGAUACAGUUUAAUGGUUUAUUAUAUUUUGUUAAGAAAUGUGUAAUUUAAAAUUAAAACCAACUAUUGUAAAUAUAUUAAAUAUGAAUUUAGGAAUAUGUAAGAUUAACUCUAUGUUGUAUAUUUGAUUGCUCUCAUUUCUUUUAAAAUCUACCAGAUAUGAAAUAAAAAAUCAAAGAAUUUAUUACUAGUAAUUUUGUUAUUGAAUUAAUACGAAAACUAAGUUAAUUCAAUGAUAAAGAUUAUCAAGAAUGUGUAGGUUUUGCUUAACAAUUACUUAAUGAUGUGUAUGGUUACUAAUUGAGAUUAUAUUGA